GACAUGGAAUCCCCUGACAGGACACCCGAUGAAAGAGCUCUUGUUCGACGCCUGGAUACAUUUCUCUUGACUUUCGGCUGUCUGUCUCAAGUGAUCAAAUAUCUUGAUCAGCAGAAUAUCAACAAUGCCUACGUUUCGGGUAUGAAGGAAGAUCUCAACCUUCACAAUAAUGAGCUGAAUCUAUUCACAACAUAUUUCAAUGCCGCCUACUGCGUUAUGCUCAUCCCUUCGCAAGUCAUCUUGACUUAUGUCCGGCCCAGUUUCUGGCUACCUGGGUUGGAGCUAAUAUGGGGUCUGCUCACCGGACUAGUUGCCAUGACUACAAGUGCGAAACAGAUAUAUGUCUUACGAGUAUUUCUCGGCCUGUGCGAAAGCAGUGCGUGGCCUGGAAUGAUGACUUUAUUAAUGUACUGGUAUACUCCUACCGAGCUAGCCAAGCGUAUGGGUUUUUAUCACUCCUGUCAAGCUGUAGGUCAGAUGAUGUCGGGCGCUUUGCAGGCCGCAAUCUCUGACACGCUAGGUGGACGCGGUGGCCUGGCUGGGUGGCGAUGGCUUUUUGUAAUCAAUGGCAUCAUCACGGUUGUAUGGGGAUUCGCGGGCUUCUUCAUGAUCCCUGAUCUUCCAAACAAGCCGAACCCGCGUGCAUUCUGGUUUAAGAAGGUUCAUGCCGAGUUGUCCAUGGAUCGACUUGCUCGACAUGGCCGUGCUGAACCGAAGAAAAUGUCCUGGGCUGGUGUCAAACGCACCUUCUCCGGCUGGGUGGUUUAUUUCAUCACGAUCCUCUACGUUGCCACGGUGCUUGGCACCUACGGCUAUGUCUACUUUUCUCUAUUCCUGAAGUCCCUCAAGAACCCAGACGGUACUGCAAGAUGGAAAGUGACCGAGAUCAAUACGAUCCCAAUUGCAGGAUCGGCUAUCAACGUGGUCUUCGUGUGGAUCUGGGCCCUAUUAUCUGAUUAUUUGGGAACGCGCUGGACUCUCAUUGUUGCACAGGGCGUCAUCGGCAUCAUACCCUGUAUUAUCAUGAGCAUCUGGACUUCUCACCCGACAUCGGUUCCUCUGUCUAGCGCAUAUGCGUCCUACUUCAUCUCUUAUAUAUGCCUUGGUACCGCGCCGCUUAUCUUCGCUUGGCUCGCCGAUAUCAUUCCCCAGGAUCCAGAGGUUCGUACUCUCAUUGUGGGCAUUUCUGUCGCAAGUUACUAUGCUAUCUCUGCUUGGUCGCAGGUCUUGGUCUGGCCUGCUUCUCAGGCUCCAUACUAUAAGUAUGGCUGGCAAUCUGCUCUGGCACUGCUAGUCCUCGUUAUUAUUAUGACCUGUGUUUUGCGAUUUAUAGAUGUACGUUAUCUUUUACCGAGGCGUGCGGCCUUCCAGACUGUUCUGGAAGGCCAAGAAGUGGGUGCAAAGGACGAUAGUAGUCCAGGUCCUUCGAAUGGAGGCCAAAGAUCGAGUACCGAUCACAAAAAGGCACUGGAUCCGAUAUUAGAUGAAGUUUAA